CCGCUUCCGUUUGGAAAGCCAGUCCCGCCGCCGCCCGCCGCGGCCGCCCAGCUCCAGCUCCGUAUCCCGCCGCCAUGGCCACCUCCCCACAGAAGUCGCCCUCGGUUCCCAAAUCUCCUACCCCCAAGUCGCCUCCAUCCCGCAAAAAGGAUGACUCGUUCUUGGGGAAACUCGGAGGGACGCUGGCCCGGAGGAAGAAAGCCAAGGAAGUAUCCGAGUUCCAGGAGGAAGGAAUGAACGCCAUCAACCUGCCCCUGAGCCCCAUCUCCUUCGAGCUGGACCCCGAGGACACCAUGCUGGAGGAGAAUGAGGUGCGGACAAUGGUGGAUCCAAACUCACGCAGUGAUCCCAAGCUUCAAGAACUGAUGAAGGUGCUCAUCGACUGGAUCAAUGAUGUGCUGGUGGGCGAAAGAAUCAUUGUGAAGGACCUGGCUGAGGAUCUCUACGAUGGCCAAGUCCUGCAGAAACUCUUCGAGAAGCUGGAGAGUGAGAAGCUCAAUGUGGCAGAGGUUACCCAGUCGGAGAUCGCCCAGAAGCAAAAGCUGCAGACUGUGCUGGAGAAGAUCAACGAAACGCUGAAGCUUCCUCCCAGGAGCAUCAAGUGGAACGUAGACUCUGUUCAUGCCAAGAGCCUGGUUGCCAUCCUCCACCUGCUGGUCGCCCUGUCUCAGUAUUUCCGUGCACCAAUCCGACUCCCAGACCAUGUUUCCAUCCAAGUGGUUGUGGUCCAGAAACGAGAAGGGAUCCUCCAGUCUCGACAAAUCCAAGAGGAAAUAACUGGUAACACAGAGGCCCUUUCUGGAAGACAUGAGCGGGAUGCCUUUGACACCCUGUUUGACCACGCACCAGACAAGCUCAACGUGGUAAAGAAGACCCUCAUCACCUUCGUGAACAAGCAUCUGAAUAAACUAAACUUGGAGGUCACAGAACUGGAGACGCAGUUUGCCGAUGGGGUCUACCUGGUGCUACUCAUGGGGCUCCUGGAAGGCUACUUUGUACCCCUGCACAGCUUCUUCCUAACCCCAGACAGCUUUGAACAGAAGGUCCUGAAUGUCUCCUUUGCCUUUGAGCUCAUGCAAGAUGGAGGGCUGGAGAAGCCUAAACCCCGGCCAGAAGACAUUGUCAACUGUGACCUGAAGUCCACGCUACGAGUGCUCUACAACCUCUUCACCAAGUACCGGAACGUGGAGUGAGGAGUUGGGCUGCCUGCCACUGCCCGGCCCCUUUCACUACAGGCCGUCUGGACCAGCUUCCCAACUGCAUUGCCCUGCUUGCUCCUGUCUCUUGCUCUAUGCUCUCCCACAAGCCCAGUGACCACCCAGAGAUAGUGGACAUUAAAAUCAGUAAGGAAAUGGCCACUAACCCAGUGGGCUAACCACAUCUGUAGGCCCUGGGGACUGACCUAGAGGUGACUUGGGAAAUUGUCCCCCAUUCAAAUUCAGGCCCUGGAUGUCCCUACACGUGCUGUGGGCAUCAGCAUGGCCUCGAGACUGCCCCCCAGAGCUCAGAAAUAAAGGUCAGCGUUAGUCCCCACAUUAAGGGAGGUUUCUGCUGUGCUCAAGUUCAUUAGCCUCGUGUUGCCAUUAAAGGAGACAUCAUUCUCCCCUUUUAUAGAUGGGGAAACUGAGGCGCCGAGGUUCACUACUCGUUAGCAUGUAUUUUUCCUCUUUGGGCAACUUACUGGUCAAUAACUGGUCAACUGUAUUCCAUUCUGUGUAUAUCCUGAAGUGUGUAUGUGCUUGCCUUACUGACAUAUAUAUACCUGCUUCCUCUCGCAGACAAGACACUAUGGUUGCACCCUAGGGCAGGCCAGGUCAUGGCUGGGUGAUUCGCACUAAAAUUGCCAAAUUGAAUUUAACACAAUUAAUACUGUGUGUGUGUGGCAGGAGCCACGUCCCUCAAAUCCUUUGUACAAAUGAAAAUUACCCUUAAUUCCUUCAGAUUGGUAAUAAGCCCACGCUCCGGUUGCAGGAUGACAUUUGGGAAGGGUUCUGUUUGGAAUUAAUAGAGUGCCCAUUUCGCAGCCUUUUUGCUUGAUUGCAUGUAAUGGAUGUGCCCUAUAUUUUCCUGCAAAAUAAGUACUCAAUUCAUUAUCGUUAGGCAAAUGUAGGGUAUACUCACGCAUGGCAGAGAGCUGGGCACAGACCUAUUGGAGCAUCCCCUGAGAAGUAGGGCUCAUCAAUGGGGACCCUUGAACUUUAAAAGAAAGAGACCUCCUUUUUGCCUUCUAAUUGGUCAUUUAGACCAUUCUGGCUAAGUCUGCCCACAUGCAAUUACUGGCUAAUUCCAGGCGAGGAAAAUGUCAGUUAUUUAAACCAAAGCUCAGCAUCUAGUCUCCUCACUUGGGUGACUCAAGGGCUGGUUUGUAUCUCCUCAUGCAAGCCUUACUUGGAAAGUUCUGCUGUGCCAGUCUGCAUCUAGGUCCAGUAGAGAAAACAAAGGGACUGGUGGAUAGAUUGGGGGGGGGGGUCAGACCUAAGGGACAAGAAGUGGGGUUGGAAAGCUGGAUAUUAGUGUGCUUCGUGUGGGGGAUACGCUCAGAGACAGCUGCAGAUACAGUCCCUGGCCCUUGUGCUAUUCGAUUGAGACGGCCUUGGGACAGUGACCUAUGCUACUGCUGUCCUCAGAAAACUAUUAGAAAUAAGCCAGGGUGAUGCCAGCUUGGGGUGCCUCCUCCAGCAGUGGGUGACCACCUUGUCACUCCUUAGUUACGUUUCUCACUGGAACAAAAUAGCCUGACUAAAGCAUUUAAGGGACGAAGGGUUUGUUUAGCUAUUGGUCUAAAGGCGCACCGCCUAUUGCGGAAGACAGACCAUGACCGCAGGAGACACCGUGGUAGGAAGAGCAUGCAGCCAGGCUUCCUCCCCUCACAUUGUGUGAGAACAAGGCGAGAGCAGACAGGAAGUGGGGCUGAGCUAUGAAACCCAAAGGCCCUGCUCCAGCGACCUCUGCCUCCUAAAGGUUUCACAGUUUUCAAAACAGUGCCACCAACUGAGAACGACGUGAUCAAAAUGAGCCUGUGGGGGACAUUUUCCACAUUUGAACUGAAACAUCUAGUAAAGCCUUCUGGUUUGAGGGUUCGCCAAGAUGGCUUUCCACAACAUUCCAAGUGCUCUUGUUCCCUUUUGUACUGACCAUCCAGGGCAGCUCAGAACCCAGGACGUGUAGACCCUCUGUGCUUCUCCCCGACUCUUGUUGUGGGAAUUGUUACAUCUGUGCUGUGAACAUCUAAGAUGUGAAGGAAAUUUUACUGUCUUAUGUUGAUCUGUGUGUACGAACAGAAUUCUUUUUUGCAUAACUAAUGAAAUAUCGUAUUUUCAUUAGGAUUAAUGUUGGUCUCCCACUCUUUUAAAUUCCUGGUAGGAAAUCGAGAAUAGCAGCUGCUUAGCCACUGAGGCAGAAUGAAGUAAGAGGCCUGCCUCCACUGAGCACACUUUGCUCGUGGGACUGCGCCUUGCUGCUGUCCCUGAUGCUCAAGCCGUUAGUACACAGUACUCUCCUGAGAGCGCUCCUUUAGGGCCUUGUGUUAUCUACAGUAGGAAACCACACCAGAACUCAGAAGGUUUCUUAAUAGCAUGCCAGUGUACCCAACAACUGGGCAUUGGGACUAAAGUCUUUGUCUCAGUCCAGAGUCCCCAGGCUUGGGUCUGGUUUUACAACCCUGUCAUUUCUGGAGAUGGGUGUUUUCCUCUGGAUUCUAGGAUCACAUACUUCAGACAUUACCGAGGUUUUGAAGGAGAAAGAGGCAUCAUCACUAUUAGUAACCAAACAGCCUUCCUCUCCUAAGAAAAUGGAGAGAAGAAAGAACUGAGAGAAGACUCCUCCCUGCUUGCAGUUUGAGGGUACCAGGAAGGGAGGGUGGAGCAGUGUGCAGCAGGGGUGUGAGGUCGGAUGCAGGUAGGAAACAGAAGAAUGCUGGCGCUCGGUCUGCUGGUUUUCUGCUUAGUCUGGGAUCCCCAACCUAUGGAGUGGCACCACCACAGUUAGGGUGAGUCUUCCCACCUCAAUUAAUCAUCAUUAUUAAUAGUUGAUACAUAAGUAACACAGAAUUCAAAAAGCAGGAAUGAUAUCUGAUUUAAAAAAAAAAAAAAAGCAAACGUAAGUAUCCAUCUCGCCUCUUCCCCAUCAGCCUCCAUCCUCCAUGGAGAUGACUCUUUUGAUCCAUUUCUUCUGCAUGAUUCUAGAAAUACUCUGUGCAAAUAAAUCUGAAUGUACAUA